GGGUUAAUUAUGCCAAAGACACGCUUUUAACACUCGUUACUGACAACUGCCGAAAGGUCUUUGCGAACUCUGGCAGCAUGGCGCAGCGCUACAGUGGGUUAGAUAGAUUUGUCUUCUGAGGGUGUAACACGGAUUUUUUGUUCAGCUGUUUGGAUUUGGAUUUUUCCCCCAGAAAGCGAAGCUUUAAAGCGCACAUUACAAGGAAGAAAAUGUUAUGAAGGAUUUUUAAAUAACUGAAAAAGUUAUUAUUCUGAACAUUUCUCUGACUGCCUAAUAAUGCAUCUGAACAUCUGUACAGUACUAUUUAUUAUAAUUAACGGAAAUGUGGUAUUAUCUCACCAAGGAAAGAAUCUACAGCCUUAUAUGCCAAAUGUGUGUAUGGAGCGUGAGGUGAUGCUAGUGGCCCAGAGGCAGCCCUGUGUCCAAGCCUUCACACGAAUGGUCAAGGUGUGGAAACAGGGCUGUGCUGGACAGAGCCGCUGUCUGGGCUAUGAAAGGAGGACUGCCUAUUACACGGCUUACAGGCAGGUGUACAGACAGGACUACCAGACUGUGUAUAAGUGCUGCCCAGGCUGGUCUCAGCUGAAUGGGGAGGCGGGCUGUCUGUACCCGGUCUGCAGCUAUGGUGUGUGUUUCAAUGGAGGACAAUGUGGACAAAGCUCCUCCCAGCUCUGCGACUGCCCUCUUGGCUUCAAUGGGCCCAGCUGCCAGUACGAUGUGAACGAGUGCGAGGAGACUAACGGAGGCUGUGAGGCUCUGUGCUGCAACACCAUUGGCAGCUUCUACUGCAAAUGCCCCAGUGGCCAGGAGCUGAAGGAGGAUGGCAAGACAUGUCAGGAUGUUGACGAAUGCCAGGUCCACAAUGGAGGCUGCCAGCACACGUGUGUGAACACCAGGGGCUCAUACCGCUGCGAGUGCAACGCGGGGUCACGGCUGCAUGUCGACGCCCGCACCUGCAUCGCGGUGCACUCCUGCGCGGUCAGUAACGGGGGCUGUGAGCACGUGUGUGUUCAGCUGACCCCUGCACAGUUCCAGUGCCGCUGCAGACAUAACUACGAGCUGGCCCAGGACAGCAAGCACUGCACACUGCGCAGUGUGUGCGAAGAGCAGAAUGGAGGCUGCAUGCACCGCUGUCAGAACGAGGGGGGGCGGGUUCACUGCGACUGCCACCCUGGGUACAGGCUGGCUGCGGAUGGCAAGGCCUGCGAAGACGUUGAUGAGUGCCAAACAGGAGAGGCAUCCUGUGCCCAUGGCUGCCGCAACACUCGCGGCUCCUUCAUUUGCACCUGCGACCACGCCUACGAGCUGGGUGCGGAUGGCAAGCAGUGCUACAGGAUCGAGAUGGAGAUCGUUAACAGCUGUGAGGCUGAGAACGGUGGCUGCUCUCACCACUGCCAGCACUCCACCAACGGGCCUGUCUGCAGCUGUAACCACGGCUACCAGCUGGGAGACGACUUGCGGACAUGCGUGGAUGUGGACGAGUGUGGAGCGGGGAAUUCUUGUUGCGAGCAAGACUGUACCAACUACCCAGGGGGGUACGAGUGUUACUGCAGGGCAGGAUAUCGCCUCAAUAAAUCUGGCUGUGGCUGUGAUGACGUGGACGAGUGUCUCUCGGAGAACGGGGGGUGUGAGCACACCUGCCAGAACAGCGCCGGGUCCUUCCAGUGCUCCUGCCACCGGGCCCACCGCCUGGACGAGGACCGGCGCUCCUGUCACCCACUGGAGGGGGCAGUAGAGGCCCUGGGCAGUGCCAUGGAGGAGCCGGACAGGCCCCGGCUUCAGCUGACCCUGCUGCAGGACUCCAGCCAUGGCCCCGGGCGCUAUGGCGACUAUGAGGAGGAGCCAGUGAAGCUAGGAGAUCUGCGAGCAGAGAGCAGCCUGGCAGAGAAGUUUGUUUGUCUAAACCACACCUUUGGCCAUGACUGCAGCCUGACCUGUGAAGACUGCUCCAAUGGGGGGAGGUGCACUGAGGGGCGAAAUGGCUGUGACUGUCCCAAUGGCUGGACUGGAGUCAUCUGCAACCAGACCUGUCCCGAGGGGACUUUUGGCAGGAACUGCUCCUCGUCCUGCCUGUGUAAGAACGGCGCCCCCUGUGACCCAGUGACGGGGAUCUGCCGGUGCCCCCCGGGAGUGAGCGGAGACCUGUGCCAGGACGGCUGUCCCAAAGGCCUGUACGGGAAACAGUGCAACAAGAAGUGCAGCUGCGCCAACAACGGGCGCUGCCACCGCACCUACGGCGCCUGCCUGUGUGACCCGGGGCUCUACGGGCGCUUCUGCCACCUGCAGUGCCCUAAGUGGGCGUUUGGGCCCGGCUGUUCGGAGGAGUGCCAGUGUUUCCAGCAGAACACCCUGGAGUGCCACCGUAGCCAUGGCACCUGCAUUUGCAAGCCUGGUUACCGUGGAGAGACAUGCAAGGAAGAAUGCAGUGUGGGAUUCUACGGGCUGGGCUGCAAACACAAGUGCAAGUGUCCAUCGGGCGUGGUGUGCAAUCAUGUGACCGGAGACUGCCAGCGUCGGUGCCCGGCUGGCCGGAGAGGGGAAGACUGCGAUGAAGACUGCCCGGAGGGGAGCUUUGGGGAGGGGUGCACCCACUCCUGUGACUGUUCGGGGUCACUGUGUGACAAGGUGACCGGCCAGUGCCAGUGCCCUGCAGGGACCACUGGGGAGCGCUGUGAGAAAGUAUGUUCAGAUGGUUAUUGGGGGCAGGGCUGUAAGGAGCUGUGCCCAGCCUGUGAGAAUGGAGGAGUGUGUGACAAACAGAACGGCACGUGCCACUGCCCUCCUGGCUACAUGGGCAGGCUGUGCCAGAACGUGUGCCCGGCCGGGCGGUUUGGCCUGGGAUGCCAGCUGAGGUGUGUUUGCGAGGGCAGCGGGCGGUGCCAUCCUGUCAGCGGGCGCUGUACCUGUGGCCCUGGCUGGACCGGGCACAACUGCAGGAGAGCGUGUGACGCCGGUCGCUGGGGGCUGGGCUGCGCCAGCGCCUGUGACUGCAGGACCGGUGACGGGGGUUGUGACGCAGUGACGGGACAGUGCCUCUGUGAGCCCGGCUUCAGCGGGACCCGCUGCCAUCAGAAGUGCCCGCCGGGCUCCUUCGGAUCGGGCUGUCGGCACAGAUGUCAGUGUGACAACCAGGCAGCCUGUGACCAUGUGAGCGGCGCCUGCACCUGUCUGGCAGGCUGGACCGGAACUUUCUGUGAGAAACCCUGUCCGCAGGGCUUUUUUGGCCUGGAGUGCCGGGAGAAGUGUUUGUGUCUGAACGGAGGGCGCUGUGAUCACCUGACAGGGGCGUGUCUCUGCCCCGCUGGCUGGGUCGGCCCACAAUGCAACCUGACAUGCCCGACUGGUUACUAUGGUGACGGCUGUAACCAGACCUGCACUUGCCACAACAAUGCCAGCUGUCACCCGGUGAGCGGGCGGUGCCAGUGUGUACCCGGCUGGACUGGAUCAGGCUGCCAACAAGCAUGCUCGGUGGGGUUUUAUGGGUCGGACUGCAGCCAGCGCUGUUCGUGCCAGAACGGGGGCGCGUGUGACCGGGCGAGCGGGCGCUGUGCCUGUCCUGACGGGUGGACCGGGGCGGGCUGUGAGCUGGAGUGUGCUGAGGGCCAGUUUGGGCCGGGCUGUAAGCGGAGCUGCGCGUGUGAGAACGGGGGGCAGUGUGACCGGCGGAGCGGCCGCUGCUCCUGCCGUCCCGGCUGGGUCGGGGGCCGCUGCCAGGCAGCGUGCGAGGCGGGGAGGUUCGGCGCGGGGUGCGGAGAACGCUGCCAGUGCGACCGCGGCGCCCUCUGUCACCACGUCACCGGAGCCUGCGUGUGUCCUCCCGGCUGGAGGGGAGCGGCGUGCGACAGAGCCUGUCUGCCCGGCACGUUCGGGGAGGGCUGUGCGCAGCGCUGCUCUUGUCCCCAGGGCACUUCCUGUCACCACGUGUCUGGAGAGUGUGGCUGUCCCCCGGGGUUCACGGGCAGCGGCUGUGAGCAAACUUGUCUGCCUGGCACCUAUGGACUCAACUGUAACCAGGUCUGCCAGUGCUCAGAAGCUAACCAGCGCUGCCACCCGGUGACGGGGCUCUGCUACUGCGCCCCUGGCUACCAUGGGCCCGACUGCCGACUCGAAUGUGAGGAGGGCCUUUACGGGCCAAACUGUGAGCGUCAGUGCCAGUGUCUGAAUGGGGCAGUGUGCCAGCGUACCACAGGAGCCUGCAAGUGCCCACCUGGGUACAUAGGAGCCCACUGCAACACCACAUGCCCGGCUGGCCGCUACGGACAGGACUGUGCCCGGGUGGCGCUUUGCGCUAGGGGGGCGAGGAACGACCACGUCACUGGCAGGUGUGUGUGCGGCCCUGGACGCAGAGGAGAGCACUGUGAACAAGGCUGUGCUGCGGGCUGGUUCGGACAGGACUGCGCUGAGCGCUGUAACUGCAGUAAUGGGGGGGCGUGUGACUCCGUCUCUGGGGUCUGCAUCUGCGGUCUGGGCUGGACUGGACCUCACUGUGAGAGCACGUGCCCCCCAGGGCGAUACGGACCAGACUGUCAGCACCAGUGUGACUGUCAGAACAACGCGACAUGCGACAGAACGACGGGGGCGUGCCAGUGCGGCUCGGGCUACUACGGACAUCGCUGUGAACACGCGUGCCCCCCUGGUUUUUUCGGCUCUGGCUGCCAGCUGCACUGUGACUGCAGGAGUGGGGUCCCCUGCCACCCAAGUUCAGGCCACUGCAUCUGCCCUGCAGGAUACCAGGGUCCUCGCUGUGAGAGAGGGUGUGAAAAGGGCCAGUUUGGGGAGGGCUGUGCCAGGUCAUGUGACUGUGAUGGAGAUGCCCCAUGUGACCCUUUGAGUGGCAGGUGCCUGUGUCCCCCAGGGAAGACUGGAGCCAGGUGUGAUAUAGAUUGCAGGGUGAGUCAGUACGGACCCAACUGCACUUACAGCUGUGCGUGUGAGAACAGAGCGCAGUGCGACCCCCGGAACGGUCGCUGCACCUGCCUUCAGGACUGGAUUGGACUCACCUGUCAGGAAGGGGGGCCCCCACGCCAGCCUGAGGGAAGUAGGAGGUCGGACAGAUCGCAUCGAGGCAACACUGUGUAGCGCACCCUGCUGGCCAGCCAUAAUUGACCUCUCUGGCCUUUCACUCUUACAGGGGCACAGAUUAUAGGCUGAACUGAGCCAGAGAGCUGAAUUACGUUAAACAGACAUUUUUUAAAUACAGAAGUCAGACUGCACUCUGGAAACCUGACGCUGGACUGAAGUUGUUGUCAGGCAGUGUGUGUGGGAACAAGGCAGCCUCUACAGACCUGGGAAGAUCUUUUGCAUCUCAGUGAGAAGACCCAAGGCAUAAUCUGUGACAUACAUACCGUUUAGCUACAGUUCCAAUGCGCACACACCCACACACGCACAGGUAGACAAAAAUACAGUGAGCUCCGUAAUGUUUGGGACAAAGAGUUUUUUUUACUUUCUUCAUUUGGCUCUGAACACCACAAUUUGUGAUAUGUAGUUUAUUAACAAUUCACAUGUGGUUUAAGAGCACAUUCUCAGAUUUUAUUAAAGGGAAUCUUCACCAUGUAGAAAUUACCACACUUUUUAUACAUAGUCCCCCCAUUUUAGGGCACCAUAAUGUUUGAGACAAAUGGCUUCACAGGUGUGUCUGAUAAGUCAAGUGUGG